CGUCAUUGCAGUCACGGUCAUGGUACGGAUACAGUGGAGACCUUACCUUCCUACCUCACCUUACCGAGGGGCACUUGCACCACUUUCUGCUUCCCCACCCCUAUCCCCCCUACACCACAUCAACCUCCCAUUCUCCUCCAUUCCAAACUGCCACAUCGCGCUUUGGAUUUCAAUUCAUAACCUGUGAAGCCGUCAAGACCUCUUAACCCUUAAAGCUGUUGACUCAACCGAACUCACCAUGGAUCGCAUCAAGGAGAAAAUGAACUCUCUACGCCUGGAGGCGGACGAGGCCGUAGCCAAGGUUGAGGAGCUUCAGGCUCGUGUCAAGACCCUAGAGCAAGAGAAUCUCGCCAAAGAGCAGGAGAUCACAUCUCUGCAGCACAAGAACGGAGUUUUGGAAACAGAUGUCGACAAGCUAGAAACUUCGAUCAAAGACUUCAAGAAAUCGGCCGAAGAAGGCCAGCAGCACGGCACUCAAAACGAAACACUUCAACGCCGUCUUCAACUUUUGGAAGAGGAGGCUGAGGAGGCAGACAAGACUCUACGCGAGGCGAACGAGAAGCUCCGGCAAACCGACGUCAAAGCUGGCCACUUCGAGCGCAAGGUCCAAGCUCUCGAGCAAGAACGCGAUCAGUGGGAGCAGAAGUAUGAGGAAAUGGCAAAGAAGCACUCGACCCUUCAGAAGGAAUUGGACGAUCUUCAGGCUGAGAUUGGCACCAUCUGAGCGGAGUGCGCCGAUAAUGUGGAAGAACGAUGUUCCCAGAUAGCGUGCAUGAUGGAUAUUGCUUACGGGCAUCUUUGAUCUGAUCAGAGUU